UGGAGGGACAGGUCCGGUGGCCAAUAGACCUGCAGUCGUGGGCAGAGCCACCCAAUGGGAGCGUGCGUGUCUGGGCGGAGGGGCGGUGCGAACGAGGAGGCAAGUUAGGCUGAGGAGUGGGCUUUUAGAAGUUGCCGUGCGGCGGAGGCAGCGGCGGGGAAGAUGGCAGAUUUUUUGAAAGGCUUACCAGUCUACAACAAAAGCAACUUCAGUAGAUUUCAUGCAGACUCCGUAUGUAAAGCGUCGAACAGAAGACCGUCAGUAUAUCUUCCCACAAGGGAAUAUCCAUCUGAACAAAUCAUAGUAACAGAAAAGACUAACAUACUUUUGCGUUAUCUACAUCAGCAAUGGGACAAAAAGAAUGCAGCAAAGAAGAGAGAUCAAGAGCAAGUGGAAAUAGAAGGUGAGAAUUCGGCACCACCACGGAAAAUUGCUCGGACAGACAGCCAGGACAUGAAUGAAGACACUUAAACUCUUGCUCUCUCCUACACUAUUUUGCAGGCGCUUCCUGUUUUGUCUCAAAAUGUGUAAAUUUCCACGCCCCUUCCCCCCACCCUCCACUAUGCAGCCCAAACCACUUCAGACUUCAUAGGAGCCAGUGUAUUUAUUUUUUCUCCAGUUUUUAUUUAUGCUGUAAAACUUACGGAGCAAUCGAUGGUGGAACAAGUCAGCAAAUGAUGUGGUAUAAAUUUAAUCCUUUUUAAAAAAAAAAAAACAUACAUUAUCACUUCUCCAGAUUUUGUUAAACUUGUUGCUUAAUUAACCCAGUUUGCCAUGGAAGCCUGGAGAGGAGACAUGAAUUUACGGCAUGCAAAUUCCAGUGGUAUAGGCUUUCUGAUCCAUAUGCCCACUGGUAUAUUACAGUCGUCAACUCUGUAUUGGCUGUACUCAGUCUAGCAGUAAUUGGGGGGAGUGGGGGCGGUCUCGUCCGCUCUGAAAUGUUAAUUCUAAAAUCAGCAUUGUACUGAGAAAUCCCAGGGGUUAUUUAGGGUUAUGCUGAUCUUAUCAAACGUGGUCAUCUUGAUAGAAUGGUUGUGGGUUUUUUGUUCGGCAGCAUAUGUUAUCACACACAUCAAUGGUCAUGGAGAAUUCAAGUGACAGGUGUGUUGCUUUGGUUGCUCUUACAUUUUAACAGUCUUUUGGCUUGAAUGAACUGGUAUGUGCAACUUCUCCAUUGGAAUAAAAAAGGAUACUUUUAUCCUACUGAGUAUUUGAUCAACAGUGUCUUUAAUGGCAGCAGGUGGAACGGAAUUGGUAGGUCUACCUUGCAAACUUGUUUGUUAAAUUUGAGAAUCAAAUUGGGUACAGCUUGGCCUCUAGAUUGGCUAUUUCCUUUCUCUCAACCAGUGAUUCUGAAAAAUCGUACACUGCAUGACGAGCUGAGUCCAGGACUUCUGGAUGCAAAGUAGCUGAACAAAAUGAGCUUCUACGGUCUAUAUUAAAGGCAGACCCUCUUUCAUUUGGACAAUGACAGUUCAGUGCCUGUCACCUGUAACCCUUUGCUGACUAUCUUCAGUAGGAGCCAAAUACAAAAACCUUCAAGAUGUCUAAGUGGAGUCAAAGGAAACCAGCAUAGUUGGUUGAAGGUGUGUGUGUAUCUCACUAUUGACUGUCCAUUGUGCUUUUAAUGUGAAAAGCUGAGUGUGUUAUUUUUAGGUUGAAAUCUAGAUUGUUGCCUUCCGUUGCUCUUUUCCCAGCAUCUCUGCUCAUCAGCAAACUGUAAACAAACUGAGUCCAGAAGCCAUGUGAGCCUCUUUCUAGAAAACCCUGAGUAAGCCUAGUUCUGUAGGGAGUUUGACCAUGGGUGGUUAAACUCAGACGAAAGACUUGAGGCUCAUGCCGUCACCUUCACUACUGUGUCCCAGUUAGACCAGGGGACAGAGCUUGCUCAGAAUAAAAGCAUGAUGAGAGUGAAAGCCAUCAGCAGCACAGUUUAUCUUAUGAGACAGGACUUCAAGAGGAGCAGGACAUAGCCUCGCUUAUUGCUCCAUUUUUACAAGUAUGUACAAGGCGCUAAACUCUGAUUCUAAUAUUAGUCAUCUCACUUUUUCAGUGAAGAUCGUUAAGUUACUUAGACCUAAAAUUGUACCUGCCCUUAACAUAGCUACGUUUUGCUGCAGCAGUGCCCCUCCAGAUUAUCUGGUUAAAACACCAGCUGUGUUGAUAAGGACAAAAAUAUGGUUUUACAAUUUUAUGUGGUCGACUGGCAAUUACAGCUUAACAGAACUCCUUUUCCCAGAGCUGUGCUGCCAAAAAAGAUGCUGGCAUGUGAAAUGCAAGAAGUAAACGGAAAAUGCUUUGUUAGCUUCAAGGGCAUGUUAAAAGGUUUGUAAGAUACCAAAGGAGGAAAUGGGUGUAGUGCUGAUGACAAAAGUUUAACAAGUGCUGUGUUUUUAGCUACAUUUCAGGAGUUCCAGCCUCGUUUAAGUGCUGUUUAAUUCCUUACUAAGAAUUUGGAGCUUUGCUGGCCUCUCUGCUACAGCGAGUGAGGUACCAUUAAAGAGUUGGCAGUUCCAUCCUGUUCGAUACCCCCAUCUUUGUUCCCUUUACAGUAAAUGUGACCUUGCUGGUAGCGGAGCCUUUGAAAUCUUACAAAUAAGGAUUUUUUUGUUUAUUUUACCAAAAAUCUCUGCAAUUCUCACGCUCUUAGAAAAAUUUAUUUGGCAAAGAGGAAAAAAAAUAGUUGUCUUUAGUUUCCUGAGAGCAAGUCUGGAGCAAUGGGGGAAAACCCCCCUGUCCGUCCUCACCCUGUCCGUCCUCAAAAGUUCUUGAGUGUCCUUUCAAUCAGACUAUAGCAUUUUGCUUUUGAUGUUGGCUAUACACAAGCAGCAUGGACUUCUGAUGCUCACAAACAGGUAUCUUUGUUGCAUUUUACUGAAAGUUUUGAUAGUCUUGCUCAACUGGUCAGAGUUAUCUAAUCUGAACUGAAAGCCUCCUCCCUCGCCAUCCAGUUUCCAUGCUGCUAACUGCUUAAAAAUGUCACCCUCAAGCUGCCACACGUUCAGAAUGUUUCCACUGCUGUUUAAUACAUGUGUAUCGGGUUUGUGUUGCAUGUGAAAACCCUCCAACCCAACUGACUAUCUGGUGUCUUAGGCAAAUCGUACAUUAAACAGAGAUCCAGAACUUCUCCAACAUUGUUCACUUUGUAUAAUAUGUAGCUCCUCUAAUACUUUCUGAUUAUCCUGUUACGAAGUGACUGGGAUUUAGUGACCCUUAACUGGUAUUUUGUAUAUGUCCGCAUAGUGGUAUUUUUAUGGUUUCUAGUAUUGAUGUAUAUUGUACAAAGUUUUUAUAAAACUUUAGAAGCUUGUCAAAAAGAUCAGAAGAGAAUUUUUGGAGUGACUAGUGUGACUUUUAGCAGGAACAUAUUUCACUCUUUAUUUCAAUGAGAAGUGCAGAGGAUGCUGAAUCCUAGGAAUAGCCUAGCAAGCAUCUGCUCUCCCCUGCGAGGCAGAUUGCUCCUGUACUGGAUAGCAUUGAAGUUUGUGCCGUCUCUCUGUUUAGUAACCCCUCAGUGCGAUUGGAUGUGAUGGGUAAAUCUGUUGUUUCAAUGGUAGCCAUUGCCUUUUUUUUUCUUUUCUUUUUUUUUUAACAAAGACUGGAUGUAGUGGGUGUUAUCACAAGUUUAGUGACUGACGAGGCAAAACCAAAGAUGUCUUAAACUAACUCCAGAUAUCAAAUGUUGACUUCAGAGGAGUGUUUGAAGGGGUUUUAUUCUCUUCACCGCCCUUGACUCGUAAGCAACUUUAAAAGGUAUUCAAGUUUGAAAGGGAAGUUGUUUGUUUUUUUUAAAUAAACAAACCCUUGGAACAUGUUCCAUUCCAGUGAUCAUAAGUGGUCACAUCUGCUCUGCAAAGGCCCUAUUUAUUUGUAUGGGUGGUUGGUUCUUCAGACUUGCUGGUUGCUUUAUUUUAUCUGUGUACGUUACUGAACACAGAUAAUGUACACAUUCAAGCCAUUUCCCUAAGCAAACACAGGGACAUACAAAGAGAUACUGCUGAGGGAGGAUGAUCUGUUUUGAGUAAAACUGGCAGGCUGGUAAGGGACACUACUGUUGGUGCUUAGAGUCUGAAAAUGUUUUCAAAUGCAGGUACCCAUAAGAGCACUGAAUCCAUACCCGGUUACAAACCAAGCUACAAUGGAGAUCAGAAACAUUGUGAAAACCCUGCUGGACAGGGUGUGUUUGUGAGGAAGAAUCGACCAGCUCCUCUGUCUGUUUAAAACUUUGGCUAGACUAUGACCUAUUUUCCCAGCCUAGACAGGGCCUGAGGGUUUAGCAUAGGUAGGGUAUGUCUAUGCUGCAAUUAAAAACUCACAGCUGGCUUAGCCUAAGGGGCUGUUUAAUUGUGCUGGAGCCCAGGCUCUAGGACCCUGUGGGGUAGGAGGUUCAUAGAGCUCAGGCUGUAGCCCAGACAUCGACACCACAAUUAAACAGCCCCUUAGCCUGAGCCCCACAAGUCCGAUCAGCUGGCAUGAGCCAGCCUUGGGUCUAAUUGCAGGGUAAACGUACUCUUUUUAGAGGGCAGGGUGAAGAUUCACUAGUACUACUAAAAUGGAACUGUGUUGUGACCAGGUUCAGUGGCAACCGCUGGUCCUCUGGCACUUGUAGUGUAGAUUGGGCCUUAAGUACCAAACCAUACAAGCUGAAAGCAUGUUCAGAACCAGGUGCUGAGCGUGGUUCUGGCUGACCUGGCAGAGUGGCGUGUAAUUCUUUGAACACUGUUUACUAUGCUCUGGAGCUCCAGAGAAGAUGAGGGCCUAUGUACCAAUCUGAAUGCUAUUUGCAGUGUUCAAAGAAAUUUCUUGUGCAGUCAGUCACUUGGGGUUUUAAGCCUACUGAAUCAAAGUACUGAUUUUUGUUUGCUCUUGUUGGGGGGCUACAGGGUUUAGAAGCUCCCGGAUUCUUGUUGGCUGGUGUCUCUCUUUCUCAAGGCAUCAUGAUUCUUGUGCCUUAUACAGUAAUUCAGUUGUUAACACUUGGACUGUUUCCUGUCUUGAGGCAGAAUUUUGGGGGCUUGCUGGAAAAAUCCUAAAUCUGCUUCUGCAGUAGCUAGGAUUACUUCAGAGGAGCUCAUUUCAGAAUAUACCUUUUGAAAAUAGAUCUGACUAAGCAGAAGCUGAUGAUGUAUAUCAUGGACAGGCCAUACAAAUGGGCCUCAGUCAUAAGCAAAGCUGCCAUUUACCAUCUAGCAUUAGUAUGUUUAUACCACUAAUGUGACUUUAUUUUUCUGUUUAAAAGAGAUGCGUCCUUUUCUUUUUUGGUGGUUUUUGUUUUUUGCAACUAUGCUUAUUAUAAUGGCCUUUUCUUUCCCUGAUUUAUUGACUGGCAUCUGGCAGCUGGGAAGUCAUGCUACACUAUGGCUUUGACUGGAAGGAUUCUUGGUGAUUGUCUUCUGUAACUUUUGUGUGUUAUAACUUCCGAUGUAUAAAAAGUAUGUGUGAUUUUUGUUUUUAGUGGGCCAUGUGUGGUUGGGGGGGGGGUGAGGAUUAGGUUGGUCAAGGUGCCCAAUAAAGGAUACUGUAUCAUUUGUUUACUCAAGCACAGACUAUCCUUCAUACCAUAUUGAAUGCACAUUCAGCAAUCUCCACUUGGCUGGGUCACAGAUGUAUGCUUGUCCUCCUUGUAGGGGAGAAUUUAGUCAUGGAAUCUCAUCUAGAGAUUUAUAUGGUUUGGAGCACUGUUUAGUACCACUAACUUGCUGAGAAAUGUGGGACCAAAGCAGCAUUUGCAGGUGGGCUGCUUGACUUCCGUAUUGCCAAUGGCAAGCUUAUGCAGAGUGGAUGUGCUCAUUUGCAGGUGGGCUGCUUGACUUCCGUACUGCCAAUUGCAAGCUUAUGCAGAGUGGAUGUGCUCAUUAGAACCACAUUACUGGCUCCCUGGAUUACUCCCAUUUUACAUCCACCUGCCUACAUUUCUCAUUUGAGAGGCCAACAGCUUUGUAGCUGUCUCCUGCAUUACUGCUGACCUGUGUGUUCAUGGAUGUAUGUGGAUUCUUCAGUGGAGUUCAACAUCACACUAGCAACAUUAGAGUUGAACUUACACUUUUCUGUUCAUUCUAAUUUCCUUGUUACAAGAUUGGGAUGAAUAUUUCCUUUAGGUGUAGAGAGGGUUGAGCUUGGUCUGUACAAGACAGCAACUUUGUAAUUAUGACUUUAAAAGUGGGAAUGGACAAACGCCAACCUUCCCAUUUGUUCUGCACUAAGAUUUUAUUUUAUUUUUUUUAAAGCAAAGCUGUGCUCCCUGCCUGUGCCUGGAUGUGGUGAGUGAAAAGAUUAAUCAUAUGUACAGAUUGGCCUUUUCAUUCAAAUUGGUGCAAUUCCAGUGAUGAUUCUUGGGUUCUGUAGAAGGGCAAACUACUACUGAAGGUCUGAAUGUUUUUUGGAGGAGUCCUGGUGGACUUAAUCCUUUAUGACUGAGUUCAGCUUUUAUCAGUGUAAACCUGGGAGUCGCUAAUCAGCUGGAGGGAUAAAAGGGCCAUGUUGUCAAAACUUUUUUGCUUUUUUCAACUAAAAAUUAACUGAUGGCAGAGGUGGGGUGGUUGAGGAAAUCAAAUGGCAUGAGUCAACCCGCACCUCUGUGGUCCUGGGUUCUAAUGCUGUUCAGGCCACCUGUGUACAAACGAAGUUUUGUGUGUCACUAUCUUUUUGUCUCCUCUACCAGACAAGCACACACUUCAACUCAAUUGGCAUUCUGUGGUGAGAGAUGAACAUCCAGACUAGAAUAGCCAUCAUGCUGGGAGGAUGAAUCUGCCUUAACAAUGAGCUGUGCAUGGUGGGGAGGUUAGCCUGCGCUAUAUCUGGCUGGAGUUACUGCUUUGGCGCUCUCACGUCCGUGAAAAAAUUUAGUUUUGAGGGUGAAUGGAAAUCCUCUUGCUGAGUAUAUAGUCAUGACUUUUCACUGGCCAGCUCGUUGCUUCCCAUAUUAUGAAUACUACAUUGAUAACUGGUCCCUGUAGCUGUCCAGUGCACCCCAGUGCUGUAAUCUUGUGGCUGGUUGUUUAUAACACAAAUCUAAAUGUGCUUUUCUUCCUUUCGGAAGUGGGGGGAGAUCUAACAGUGUAAUCAAAUACUCCUUCCUUGCUUUGCUAAGUAAUGUGUGUAUAAAAUGGAUAUCUUCAUCCCUGAGAUACUAGCAAAGAUUGGCCAUUUAGUUAUUUAAAUACACAUGCAUACUUGUUGGAGGAGGGCAGAGUAAACUACUUCACUCGCUAGCCACCUGCUUUGUUCUGCGAUGAUGGCUGUCUAGCUUGGAUUGCAGAAGAGUCCUGACAAAAAUGGAUAUUGAUUCUUCACUUAGAAGAAGAAGUUGCAGAAAAUACUGCCAUGCAAUCUGAAGGAAUGAUCCGUGGUGCUUAUCAGCACUGUCACCGUGCAUAGUACAGCUGGGCUGGACUUUCAAAUACAUGUGUUUCUUACGACUUAGUGCAAUGUGUAUAGUUAAAAAGGCUUUACUGGGUUUUUUAUUAAGACUAAUCUUAGUCUCCUUGGUCAGUUGCAUGUAACAGAUGAAUGUAUGGGAUUGGGCCUUAUCUUUCUAGCCAUCCCAAAUUGCUUUUACGUCCGUUACAGUCUGUCUGGAAUACAAAAUCCCAGGGUGAUUUUUUGGCAAUACACAGUGUAUCCCUUGGAGCCUGUAUUACUUACAGCCUGUCCUUCUGCUUGUGGACAAGAAAUACCUGCCGAGUUCCAACUCUGCCUCUUCCCCCUUACUCUCUUUGCAAACACUGUGUCUGUGGGGCAGGGGGCAAUGUGUUCUCCUGAGGAGUUGUGUGGCGAUAGAGGGGCUGCUGUAAUGGAGCGACUGUAAAUAUUCUGUUCUAGUUGAAUGUCACAGCUGUUGGAUUUUGCAUUUAUUUUUAAACUAUUUCAUGUUUGAUACUGUGUAUAAUAAAUUUGCAGAAAUUAGAGGA